AUGCCGACUGGAAAGUUAGCUAAAUGGCAAAUGCUGUUGAGUGAGUUCGAUAUCGUGUACGUGACGCAGAAGGUAAUAAAGGCACAAGCUUUGGCCGAUCAUCUUGCGGAAAACCCCGUUGACGAAGAAUAUGAACCUCUCAAGACAUAUUUUCACGAUGAAGAAGUGUCAUUUGUGGGUGAAGAUAUUUUUGAAGCGUAUCCAGGUUGGAUAUUAUUCUUUGACGGAGCGGCGAAUCACCAAGGUAAAGGUAUUGGAGCAGUCCUAGUAUCGGAAUCUGGACAGCACUAUCCUAUGGCAGCUAAAUUACGAUUCAAUUGCACAAACGACAUGGUUCAAGGAGAAUGGGCUGUGAAGAACCCAAAAAUUAUACCUUACGUACAGUAUGUAAAAAAUAUGUGUAAAAGGUUUCGCAAGAUCGAGUUCAGACAUACUCCCAGAAUACAGAAUGAAUUAGCCGAUGCUCUGGCCACCAUCGCUUCGAUGAUCAAACAUCCGGAUACUGAUUACAUCGACCCGCUGGAUAUAGAUUUGAAGGAACACCCAGUCCAUUGUUCACAUGUUGAAUCAGAACCAGACGGUUUGCCUUGGUAUUUUGAUAUAAAGAGGUACUUGGAGUCUGGGACAUAUCCAGAAGACGCUACAUCUAAUCAGAAGAAGUCGAUACAUCGUAUGGCUCUCAAUUUCUUUCUAAAUGGAGAAGUCCUGUAUAGGAGGACUCCAGAUUUGGGUCUUUUAAGAUGUGUAGAUGCUGCUGAAGCUGUGAGACUUAUUGAACAGAUACAUGCUGGAGUUUGCGAGCCGGCCACUUCUAAUGGACACAGAUUCAUUUUGGUUGCCAUUGAUUAUUUCACCAAGUGGGUGGAAGCAGCCUCUUACAAGUUGGUAACCAAGAAAAUGGUGGCCGAUUUUGUCCGCAACAAUCUGAUAUGCAGAUAUGGAGUUCCAGAAUCCAUCAUUACUGAUAACGGUGCAAAUAUCAACAGUCAUUUGAUGAAAAAGAUAUGUGAACAAUUUAAGAUUAUUCACCGAAAGUCAACUGCUUAUCGCCCCCAAAUGAACGGAGCUGUAGAGGCCGCCAACAAAAAUAUCAAAAAGAUUUUGAGGAAAAUGAUUGACAAACAGCGAGGUUGGCAUGAAAUGUUGCCAUAUGCUCUACUAGGUUAUCGAACGACGGUCAGAACAUCGACUAGGGCUAAUCCAUAUUUGCUAGUAUAUGGAACAGAGGCAGUCGUACCUGUUGAAGUCGAGAUACCGUCAUUAAGGAUCAUCCAAGAAGCUGAAUUAAGUAACGCCGAAUGGGUUAGUAAACGGAUUGAUCAACUAGCCUUGAUUGAUGAGAAGAGAAUGGUCGCCGUAUGCCAUGGCCAACUGUAUAGACAGAGAAUGACUCGCGCUUUUCACAAAAGAGUAAGAACCAGCAAUUUUGAAGUCGGUCAAUUGGUUCUUAAGCGUAUUUUUCAUCAUCAAGACGAGUACAAAGGAAAGUGCGCACCAAACUGGCAAGGUCCCUACAUGGUUCGUAAAUACUAUCUGGAGGUGCUUUGGUCCUGUCAGAGAUGGAUGGCACUGUAUGGCCCAAACCUAUCAACUCAGAUGCUGUCAAGAGAUACUGUGUUUGAAGUUUCAUUUUCGCAUUUUUGCUGUUAUUUACUUGUUUCUAGCUUUGCUUUGAAAUUGGCCGAAUUCUCCCGACGGAUGAAUACGGAGAGCUCCCAAAGAGAAGAAAACUAUCUCCAAAACCAGUGA